CCUCCCUCCGGCGAGCCCGCCGCUCGCCCAAUGGACCGUCUCCGGGCGGGGAGCCCCGUCUACGGGCGCCAGCGCAGCGGCAGCAGCACGGGCUCCACCUCCCCGGGCGGCGUCUCCCCCUCCCACCACCGCUCCUCCUCAACCUCCUCUGCCGCCUCCAUCCCGGGCGCAGGCGCCGGCGCCGGGGCCAUCUCUAACGUCCGCCGCACGCAGAACGUCGCCGCGCGCGCCGCGGCCGCGAGGCUCGCGCAGGUCAUGGCCUCCCAGAGCGCCGCCGCGGCCAACGGGGACGACGAGGACGAGGACGACUACGCCAACGACCACCCGCCCCCGCCCCCGAUCAGGUUCGGCAGCGGAGCCCGCGCCCCGCACGGCAGCAACGGCGUCUCUCUGCUCGGCCGCGCCGCGAGAUCUCCCUCCCCUGCGUUAGGUCGGAACAUUGUAGAGCAACCUCCUCCAGUCCGGUCAGCAUCAACCGGGAGAUUGGCCGUUGCGGCACGGCCAACUGCCACUGUGGUGCCGCCAAUCAAAACCAACUCGACGCUGCGAACACCAUCUCCUAUCCCGCCCGUGGCUGUGGAUUCUCCAGUGCAACGCAGUCAGACGAGAAGGUUUGAUACAGCACCACUUAACAAUAGAGAAUCAGCGCCACGGAGAGAGUCAUCUACGCUUCAAGAUGAGCUUGAUAUGCUACAAGAGGAGAAUGAAAGUGUUCUAGAAAAGUUACGGCGUGCUGAAGAAAAAUGCGAGGAAGCGGAAGCUAGAGCCAAGGAGCUUGAGAAACAGGUAGCCGCUCUCGGAGAUGGGGUAUCCUUAGAAGCUCGUCUCUUGAGCAGGAAGGAGGCGGCACUUAAACAGAGGGAGGCUGCACUAAAGGCUGCAAGGGAAUCAAAUGACGGUAGAAAUGGGGACAUUAAGCAUGAACUUGAGUCUGCGAAGGAGGAGGUUGCAGCGGCUGUGGACCAGCUAAAGGAGGCAGAGUCUGAAACAAAGGCGCUGCGAUCGAUGACUCAGAGAAUGAUCUUAACACAGGAAGAAAUGGAAGAAGUUGUCCUUAAAAGGUGCUGGCUUGCACGGUAUUGGGGCUUAGCGGUUCAAUAUGGAGUUUAUCCCGAGAUUGCGGUAUCAAAGCAUGAACAUUGGUCAUCUUUAGCCCCUCUUCCUCUUGAGGUGGUUCUCUCUGCUGGUCAAAAGGCUAAGGAUGAGCCUAAGCAAGGUGAAGAUGAUGCUCAGAGGAGAAACCGGCUUGUGCGAGAUAUGAGUGAUAUUAUGGGAGAAGGCAACAUAGAGAGCAUGCUUUCAGUUGAAAUGGGACUGAGAGAGCUUUCAUCUUUAAAGGUAGAAGAUGCUGUUGUAGUUGCACUGGGUCAACACCGAAGACCUAGCAUAGUUCGGCAAUUCACAUCAGAUUAUAAAUCACCUGGCGAACCUAAAUUCUUGGAGGCAUUCGACCUUAGCCCGGAAGAGGCAGAGGAUGUUAGCUUCAAGCACGCGUGGCUUAUAUACUUCUGGAGACGAGCGAAAACUCAUGGUAUUGAGGAAGAUAUUGCUGAUGAGAGACUUCAGUUUUGGAUUGGUCGCAAUGCACAUGCUCCAAAUUCUCAUGAUGCUAUUGAUGUGGAGCGAGGUUUGACGGAGCUGCGAAAAUUGGGUGUAGAGCAGCAAUUGUGGGAGGGCACGCGUGCAGACAUAGAUGAAGCUGCUUUGGCAGCCGAGAACGAAUAGGGGAUGCAUCAUGAAUUCAUGGUUGUUUACGCUCCAUGUAUCAUCCCAGUUUUGGAGAAAUUGGAACUCUGGUUCCCAGCAGGUCUCAGGCCCUUGCUACCAUCGAAUCAAUCUCCGAGGCGAUGCUUCUGUCCAUCAGUGUUGAGCAAUGGACUUGUCCAAUGCUCUGACGAGUGUGUCGCGAGCCAGUAUCAUCUCUUCAUUAAUAUAGUCUUUGUGAAAUGUGUUAUAGUGUUUCUUGCGGCAAGAUGAUGAUGACCUCACUUCACCUGGUAACUGUGAAUUUUGUGAUUACUCCCCCAACGUCCCCUCUUUGUUUCCUAGUUUGUACAAGGAUCCUCCUCUGAACAAAUGAACAAACCACAUGCUCUUAAGGUCCCACUUGUGCAUCAUCAUCUAGCGAAAGAUGUACCACCUGACGCAGGUCGCUUUGUUGUAAUUUGUGUAUUAAACACUUGGUUUAUCGCGGGAAAAAGCUGACCUUGUUUCUUGCAUCGUCU